GCGCUGAGCUGCUAGUUGCCUAGUGACGACAAACUAUCGACGGCUGCAGUUUCCUGCGUUUUCAAAAAGUCUCCACGACUGGCGUUGAGCUAGCGCUACGUUUUCCAGCCAAAUUUGAGGUCGUGAACUCGUCGUUGCGGCGGGAGCAUGGGGUGAAAAGGCGCCGCGAGUGCCGUGUAGCUUCUGAGCGUUUCAGGCCGCUGUGCUGAUGAGUUGAUAAGAAUGAUGAAUAAUUAUAUUUUCAUCAGGGUGGUUGGCAAAGGGAGCUAUGGGGAGGUGAACUUGGUCAAAAACAGGACGGACCGAAAACAGUAUGUUAUAAAGAAGCUGAAUUUAACCACGUCCUCUAAGCGGGAGCGACGAGCAGCGGAGCAGGAGGCUCAGCUUCUGUCCCAGCUGCGACAUCCCAACAUUGUGACCUACAGGGAGUCUUGGGAAGGAGACGACUGUCAGUUGUACAUUGUAAUGGGCUUCUGUGAGGGCGGGGACCUGUAUCACAGGCUUAAACAGCAGAAAGGGGAGCUCCUACCUGAGCGGCAGGUAGUGGAGUGGUUCGUCCAAAUCGCCAUGGCACUCCAGUAUUUGCAUGACAAGAACAUUCUUCACAGAGACCUUAAAACACAGAACAUCUUUCUGACCCAAACUAACAUCAUCAAAGUGGGGGAUUUAGGCAUUGCACGAGUGUUGGAGAACCAGAACGAUAUGGCCAGCACACUCAUAGGAACCCCUUACUACAUGAGCCCGGAGCUCUUCUCCAAUAAGCCCUAUAACCACAAGUCAGAUGUGUGGGCUCUAGGUUGCUGUGUGUAUGAAAUGUCCACACUGAAACAUGCCUUCAAUGCCAAAGAUAUGAACUCUCUCGUCUAUCGCAUUGUAGAAGGAAAGUUGCCACAGAUGCCCAGCAAAUAUGAUCCCUUGUUGGGAGACUUGAUCAAGAGCAUGCUGUGCAAGAGACCUGAAGACAGGCCUGAUGUGAAAGUUAUCCUCCGACAGCCCUACAUCAAAAAACAAAUUGCCAUGUUCCUCGAGGCCACCAAGGAAAAAACUGCCAAGUCAAGAAAAAAAGUUGUGAGUGGCAGUGGGGAUGGUAAAGCAACCAGUUCUUCAUCUGUGGUGUCACGCCAGGAAAAACCUGAAAGGCAUACUUCAAGUCCCCAGUCUGAUCCUCUGGUCAGGGUGAAACGGAAAGAUGAGAAGUCACAGCAGCAUAAAGUGCAGAACAGUGGCAACACUUCAGUCAAAGCAUCUGAAUCUCCAAAAGCCUCUUCACCUGAUGCUCUAGAAGGCAGCUGUGCAUCCCUGGCAACUGUUAGCAACAUUAGUAUUGAUAUCCCACCGCAGAAGGACGAGGACCUGUUGAAGAGACAGGUGCAGGGGCCCCAAUUAAUUGUCUCACUUCAACAGCCAGGCAAUGAACAUGUGACACACAGGAUAGACAAAGGAGAAAGGAAACCAGAUCUAUCCAGCCCUCCCUCUCCUGUUAAAGCCCCUCUAAAGUCUGUAUCAGGUGUUGCCAGUAGGGGAGAAGAAAAGAGGAGGGCAUCCAAUGGGCUCGUGGACAAUCUGCCACAGGCUGGGCCUGUCUUUCGGGACGACCAGAUAUCAGUGGAGGCAAGGAAUGAUACCAUGGACUUACUUAAAGAAGCUGAAAGGCAGAAUCCAAAGCUAGAAGAGGAAAAAGCAGCAACUUUUUGUAUCCCAGAGAAAGGAUCUGUACACAGAUCUAACGCAGAAAAUAAUGGAUCGGCUGUGGACAUUACACUGAGAAAUAAAAGCGACAUGCCUCUUAGGAGAGCACUAACACAUCACCCAGAUACCUCAGAUGUUCAAGACUUAGAGUCUACUGAGGACCUAUUAAAGCCGUUUCCUUCAGUUCUGGAACCUGUUCAGGAGGAAUCAGCCUUUCCAUUUAACAAGCCUGGUUUGAGCACUCAACUGCAAUUUUCAUUAGAAUCUUCUAUGUCACAGCAACAUAAAAGGAAGAAUGAAAGAAAGACAUACCAAGACAGGAACAAGUCCAAGCUGGUUGCAUCUAGACCUUUACCUCCAGCUCCGGUUGAGAACAUAGCUGUGGAGGAAAGGAAGAGGAACAGGAGGUGCAAUGAAAACGAGAAAGCUGGUGAGGUCACGACGUCUACAUCAGUUAGUUCCUGUAAAGAUGGAUUGUCACAGCUGGCACAAGAUCGUCCUUUAUCUGCUAGAGAGAGGAGGAGGCUGAGGCAAUCCCAAGACAGUGCCAGUCAACCAGGUUUUGGAGCUAUAAGAAGAGCAUCUUAUGAUGUCACUGGUACCAAAGCUGAGCACUAUGAUGUCUCAGUUACCUCAGUCUCAGACUCUGACACCAUCUCUGACACCAGCAACAAGCGAAAAAAGCUGCUGGAACAAAAGUCAGAUGAAGAUGAAUGCAGCUCAUCCACCAGUUCCACAGAGCAUUCAGAGAGAGACUGUGGGGAGAGAAAGACAGAAUCCAGUGACAUGCAGGAAUUAGUCAAUAUGAUGACCCAGACUUUAAGAACGGAUGUUGGAGACUAUGAGAAGCUGGAGGACAAGGGCCUGGAUUCUACGGCAAUGCCAGAAUUUAAACUGAACAGAAAGUACAGAGACACUCUAGUUCUUCAUGGGAAGGCUCGAGAGGAAACAGAGAAGUUAUCACUUAGUCAGAUACCAAUAGCCUCCACAUCUGGACCAGCCAAGAUAAGGAGAGCCAUCGAACGACUGAGAACAGACGUGUUGAAGGGCCUAGGGGUGAAGCUGCUGGACAGAGUGCUAGAGAUCAUGGAUGAGGAGGAUGAUGAUGUUCAACGAGAAGUGUGCCUACGUAACCAGAUGGGGAAUGAGAAGUACCAAGCGUAUGCUGUGAUGGUGAGGCAGCUGAAAUUCUUUGAAGAUAUGGCCUUCAAGGUUUAGUCACAAAAAUGCAUACACUGUAUGGCGUGGUCUGCCAGCAUGUAAUGGACAUUUAGCAGGCAAUCAUGCGUGAAUGACUUAUUAGAGCGCAACAAAAUUAAUCCUGCAAUUUUCAGGAUUCCUAUGCAAAGAGUUGAGUCAUGUCAUUCUACUUGCUGUACCAAGUACUUGUUUAUAAUGCAACCUAGAUUUUAAUUAAUCUUUUACUUUUGCUGUACCUAGACACAGCUCUUUUUGCUGCUUUGUUCUUUUGGAUACACAAUGUCUUGCAGAUGCAUUGUAGAUAUUAACAUUGAGUAUUUCUAAUAAAUUCUGAUUUUGUUUA